GAGUUACCUUCCAGUGGCAGAGGGAAUGAGACUCCGAGCCCUACUAAUUGCCUACUGGAGGGUGUAGUGGGCAAACUGGUACGGAAGAUGCUAUUUCAGGGCCUUGACAUCCCUGAGGUACCCAUGAACGACAGCCGCUCUGAGAGCUUUAAGCUACAGUAUGAACUGGUUGCGAAGCUUUGUCCUCUGAUGGUAAGGACAAUCAUGGCUACAACCAUAGCCAAUCAACCACCUACUAUUCAAGAAGCAGUGAUGUCUUCCGAGAACAUCCAUGUGAAAGAGCUGUGUGAGGCAGGUAUCAAACCUCUCAAAGAGAACCAUGUACCCGAUGACUCUGAGACAAACAUCAUGGUCAGAAGGGCUUUGAGUGAAAUUGAAUCCUGUAUGAUUGAGAACUCCGACAAGGACUCUCCCAGUCUACAUUCCACACCAGAGGUGGUUGUAGACCUGAUCACCAAGCUGCUUCAUGGGUAUGAGCUUGACUCAGAGGACUUUGCAUCACCUGUGUCAUCCCCAACCACCACUCUCUCUGAUGUGGCAAUGGACAUGGUGGUUUCUGUCCUUCGGGACAUGUCCGAUUCCCCAGACGUUACCUCAGCAUUGGAAAUGACCAAGGAUCUCAAGACGCCGUACUCCCGCCCCUCAAGUGCAAGGAUUGUAAGUGCCCUCUGCAGAGAGCUGGAGGAGCACAUGGGCUCUCCUGAUGCUCUGAGGCGAGCUUUGAGCCGCGGCAGCGGGGAGAUGACAACAGCCAUUGCGAGUGCAGUCACCAGGGAAGUCAACCGUCUGGGUUCAAUCGUACCCAAAGUCUCUGUCCGGCCGCUCUCCUCAGACAUCUGCCUAAGGACAGACCAGGACAAGGUCAUGGUUAAGAGCCGAUGUGGCUCGGCUGAGGUGAAGGCAUCCCAACCGGUGUAUAUUAUUGUUCACGUAGAGGCGGUGAUGGAUAUCAUUGUCCGGCUGCGGUCUCUGAUUGUUCCUCGGACCCAGGAUAAACUGGCCAGCUGGACCCUAGUUGAGGAUGUGACCAACAAGCUGUCCAGUGCUCUGUGGGUGAGGGUGACUAACAGGUGGAGGGAAGCAAAUGUCUGCCUGAAGGCAACAGACAUCUUUCAGCUGGUGCUGUCUGUGCAUAGAAAGUUGAUGCAACGCUAUGGCACAGAGGAAGCCCUACAGAAGAUACUGUGCCACAAGGCACCCAAGCUGCACAAGGACAUUGUCUGUCUUGUCACGAACGCAAUUAUGGAUGCACCAUCCAAACUUCAAGGCACCAAAACUCUGGAAUCUACACUCAACUUGAAAGAAUUGACAGCCUUGUUUAAUGAAAUGACAACCCGUCAAUCUUUGAAUAAGAAAGCUGAGCAGAGCAGCAUCAAGACUGAGAUUGAACAGCCGGAGUGGUCCACUGUGAAACAAGUGACAUCCGGUUCCAGCAGCUUCAUUAGGGAGCUUAUAUUAGAAGAAGUCCUGAUGAAGCUUGUCAAGAAGAUAUGCCGUAUGCCAAAAAGGACCAACAAACAUCAGCGCAUCCAGAUCAGUGAUCUGGUGACUGAGCUGAUCCGAUUGUUCGAUGAUGAGGUGGCCAAAUAUCUGAUUGAGGAAAUGGGAAGCCAGCAAAAAAGUUUCAAUUCUAAGAUGACAUCGAAGCUGGCAGAUGCCAUCUACACUGACCUUGGGAAGGUCAAGCGUUUGAAACGCUCCUUGAAAAUUGACGAUUUAUUUGAGGAUCAGGAGAUGCUUUCCAUUGUCUCUGUCAUUGUUUGCCACAAGCUACUGGCCAUCUUGAAACCCUCAGUGCCCAGCGAGACCUCAGACCUUGAAGACUCAUGCAGUGAUGAUGUGGAGGAUGCGGAAUCUGAGGGGGUGCAUUAUGCCACCGGCAGAAAGUCCAAGAUGAGCAUUGUCCUUAAAGACACUACAGACCAGCCAGAGAUGUACAUUGCUGUGGAUUCUCCACCUAUGAUUAAAUUAUCCAAGAUGAGGAAAGGCAUCCGGGGCUUCUUCUGGGGAGUCCAGAAGGCCUGGAAACGCUUGGUCACCUGCAAGUCCUCUGGGUCCUCUGAUGGGUACCCUGGAUGA